AUGAAGGUAGUUGGAAGGAAGUCAAUCAAAAAGGAAAAGCCAGUGUUGAUAUGGCAAGAGAGGGAAAAGGAGCUAGAGAUAUUUGUUCAUAUGAUAAUGUCACAAGCAAAACACAUUAACCAUAGGGCAAAAGAUUAUGAGAGUGAAAUGUUGAAUGAAACUGCUGAGGCCUCCUCUGAUUUCAUUGUACCUUUGCUUAGAUUCCAAAAGGAAUGGUUGGCUUGGGCUUUCGAUCAGGAAAACAAUUUCAAAGGUGGAGUGCUUGCAGAUGACAUGGGAAUGGGAAAGACCAUUCAAGCAAUUGCCCUUGUCCUUGCCAAACGAGAACUCCAACAAAAUAGAUUUGCAUUUUCACAAUCGCCCUUGGUCAAAGGAACUCUUGUCAUUUGUCCUGUGGUAGCUAUCACUCAGUGGGUCGAUGAGAUUGACCGAUGUACUUUGAAAGGAAGCACCAAGGUUCUAGUUUAUCAUGGGGCAGGUAGAGUUAAGAAUCGGAAACAGCUCUCGAGUAUGAUUUUGUGA